AUGUCAGCUCUUUCUGAUACGGAGAUCACAGCCCAAUCAGUUGUUUUCAUUUUCGCUGGCUAUGAAGCCACAAGCACAUCCAUUUCCUUCGUGAUGUAUCAACUGGCUACUCACCCUGGUGUGCAAAAGAAGCUUCAGGAUGAGAUUGACAGAGCUCUGCCCAAUAAGGCACCUGUCACCUAUGAUGCCCUGAUGGACAUGGUAGUGAAUGAAACUCUCAGAUUGUACCCAGCUGCUAACAGGCUAGAAAGGAUCUCAAAGAAAGAUGUGGAAAUCAAUGGCGUGUUCAUUCCCAAAGGGACUAUAGUUAUAGUACCAACCUAUCCUCUCCAUCAGGAUCCUGAGUACUGGCCAGAGCCUGAGGAGUUCUGCCCUGAAAGGUUCAGCAAGGAGAACAAGGGCAGCAUCAAUCCUUAUGUUUACCUGCCCUUCGGGAACGGACCCAGGAACUGCCUUGGCCUAAGGUUUGCCCUCAUCAACAUGAAACUUGCUGUCAUCAGAGUCCUGCAGAACUUCACCCUCCAGCCUUGUGAGGAAACACAGAUUCCCUUGAAGUUAAGCAAGCGAACAAUUUUUCAACCAGAAAAACCCAUCAUCCUGAAAGUUGUGUCAAGGUGAAAUCACAAAUGGAGCUUGAGUUUCCCUCAAGAUUUCUGCUGUUCUUCAAGGAGGCCGUGCCACCCAACAUCAGAGAAUCUAAUUUGCCUUUGAAUUAAAUCAGCUUAAUUGCCCUUGAUGAGUAGGUGUUCAGUAAUUCAUUGAGCAUGCUCAA